AUUGUAAACAUUUUAACAAAUUCUGUGUCGUUUGCAUUGAAUUGAUUGCUGCCUUGAAGUUUGUUUCAUUGGUCUUGUCUGGUGGUGAAACACAAGUGAGAAACAAAGAAAGGACGAAUUUGCAGCCAUCCAAAAUAGAGAAAAGCUUGUGUUACUGAAUCAAGGGAUAAGCGUCGAAAAGUAUACUAGGAAGGCGAUGGAUUCUGCACGCAUGUUUACUACGAUGUGACUGUGAACGAGUUGAAAAGAUUAGUGACCGAAGCCACUCUAGAAGAGAAAACCAGACCUCGAAUGAAAAAUGUCAAGAUUAAGUUUAACAGCUUUAAAAUUUUGGUUUUAAACCUGUGUUUCACAGGAAUAAUCGACUUCACGUUUCUACUUCAGUCAUCUCACAAUCCCAAGUGUGGUAAGUUUGUUUCCUAUCCCAAUGCUUUCAUUCACUAUUGUUCGCGAGGUUUUCACAAAGUCUUGAACGUGCAUGGACCACAUCCUACUUGAUGAAGGUAGUGGAGUAAUGGUAGAUUUUUUACCACAUUCACCGUUUAUCUUUAACUUGCAAGAGUUUCACGACGCGUUAGCGUAUACGACUUUUCUUUAUAUAACUUUGGUAUAUUGUUGUGCUUCUUAUGAUACUAUACGGGAUGCCAUACGUAAGAAGGAAAAGGCACUAUUUAUUCAAGAAAAUGAGAUUAUUCCUUCUGGUCAAAUCGUCACUUUUGAAUUGAUGCAAGUUUUGAAAGUCAAACCUACUUUGGAGAAUCAGGAACAUCGCAAGAAGCUUAUAUUUGCUUUUCUUAAGAUCGUUAUAACUGGAUAUCCUGACUGAUGUUUGCUUACGAGCUGAAGAGUCACACAAUGACUUGACGGUAGGAGUUAUGGAGAUAGACUUAUAAAGGAUGCCACUCGUUA